AUGUUGCUCACCAAGGAAGAGGUGCAGACUAUCACCCUCAACGCUAAGUCCGUGCACAAGUACGCGGAUCAGGCGUUCUUCCCUGCAGCGAUCAACAAAGCCGGCACACACAUUGGCGAUCAGCCGUUCCUCAACUUCUUCGUGCGCUACCACCACCGCUAUGCGCCGGAGCAGUACUCGUGGUCACGCGUGCGUCGUGUCCUGCUGCUCGAAGACGUGAUGGCGGCUCACAACUCUGCUAUGGCGUCUGUUGUGACGUCCCCGACGAUUGAGUGGCGCAGCAAGACAUUUUGGGUCUGUUUCGCUGUGGAGACGGUGCAGCCACGGUCGCCCUCGUCGGCGGCCUCCAACGACACGGUGGAGGAAGAGAUAGUGACGCUGCCGCAGCUGUCGAACACGCCUCCGACCGAGGAUGAGGUUUUAGCCUUCUGUGUGGCCAGCGCAAAUCAGCGGCCGACGGAGGUGUACGCGGAUGGAGUGCUCGGUGAGGCACCCGCGGCGCCGGCAGUCAACCCGGCCACGAACGGCAGUCUGCCGCAACCGGCGGGUGGGGAGGCCGCCGAUCAGGCGCCACCGCCGGCGGCACUCGACCCUCGCUUGUUUGUGCCGACGCCACGGCAAGUGGAGUUGCUUCGCCAGUACAAGAAGCAGCACCUGACGCAUCAUCAGUGGACCGAGGAUGAGAUUGAAGAGUCAAAGAUGCUGCGGCAACGGUACUGCAACACUGGGGUGGCGACGGCACCUGUGCGCACCGUCGCCUACCUGCAGCACCACCGCGUUGAGGAGCGCAAGCAGCAACAGCAACGAAGGUAUAUGUUUGGGGCAGCCUCGUCUGCCGCUGCCACGUCGCAGGCUGCCGAGGGAGACGCGCUGCGGGGGUCAGUAGUCAACACGGCCGCGGAGAGUACCGGCGGCUACGCCGUGACGCAAAGGCAGCGCUCGCCACCCUCUGCAGUAACGUCAACAUCGCCAUUCCUGCCGCGGAGUGUGUUGCGUGCUCAGAACCACCAACUGCACCAAGCAUCCGCCGCCUCGGACUUAAAGCAGCGCAUUCCUGCGGACGGCACGUCCUCGGUGCUACUCCUCGGCGACAGUGCAUCGGGGUUCCUCUCGCAAGUGUCCGUGUCGCACACACCGCCUCCCGAGGCGCAGACGCCGACGAGUAUGCAGUCUGGAUCCUUGUCGGCGCUCUCCCAGCACUUGUCGCAGCUCCGCGCAGCCGAAGAGUCGUUCUAUCAGUACAUCAGCGAUGAGUCCCGCAGCGCCUACUUGAACCGACUCGCCGAUCUGACAAAGCGCAACAGCGAGACAAACAAGCGCAACCGUCGCCGUGGUAUCGCGAAUGAGCGACGGCUUGAACGAAAAGGCAAUCUUCUGGUGUCGUGCGGCCUGUGGAUCACUGAUGACAAGGAGCGGGCGAGCAAGGCAGAGGACUACGUCAAGGCGCAGGCAGGCGACUCCAGCAGCUCUAAAAAGAACGGUGAGAGUGCCACGGCAGCUAGUGCUGUCGCCGGCGGCGGCGCUUCCGGCGACGGUGCGGACACUGCCAAGAGUGCUGAGGACGUGUUCGUGGAACGGUUCAAGGCGUACUACAAUGCGCAGCGCAUCUCCUUCGCAGACUGCGCCGACUCAGACCUGUUUGGCAGCAGCAGUGACGCGGACAUCGGCCCUCUUUUGCAGGCCACCGCCGCACCCGACGCCGACACAGAACCCGAUAGGCCCCACCUGGCGUGCAGCGCCGGGGCCGCGACGGACGCGUUGCGACCCGGUCGGCGCCCGGGUCGGCGCCUUUUGCCUAACCGACUUCGCACCGAGGAGAACUCGCCUGCGCUGGUGCAAGCACAGCUGGUGCAUCGCAGCACUGUGCGCAUGGCAAAGCGUGCGAGAGAAGGGUGA